UGGCGAGCGGCUGCGGCCUGGCGCGCGCUGGACACCGAGCGAUGCGGCGGCGGCGGCGGAGACGGCGGCUGGAUGUGUGGAUGGGGAUGUGAGGGCGACGCAGAGAUGGAUCGAGAGGUGCCGUCGGCAGGGGCAGGAAUGACGGCGAAAUGUCUGGAUGUGAGCAGCGAUGAAGGGCUGAAGAGAUUGGGUAAAAGGUCUGGGGAAGAGGAGAGUGCUGAAGGAGAUGGGGAGAGUGAAGAAGGAGGCAGCAGCUCUCAACACAACACAAAGAGAGAAGAUCCAUCAGCAGUUGCCACAAGCCCAGAUCAACAUCAUUUCUUAAGAUCUAGUGUCAGACCCCCCAGCAAGAGGUUAAGGAAAGAUUCAACUGCUUCGAAUGGAUCCAGUGGCUUCCAGAACAAUAAAGGAAAAGGUCCUGAGGGGGGAGCUGCUGCCUCUGGUUAUGCAUCUGGCAUUGCUGCUGGCAGCACUGGUGGAAGCGGCAAAACCACAGCAAAAAGCUUAUCUUCCAUUUCAGGAGAAAAGGAGGAAGGGAACAAGAAGAAAGUUCGAAGACAGUGGGAGUCCUGGAGUGCAGAGGAUAAAAAUUCAUUUUUCGAAGGGCUGUAUGAGCAUGGAAAGGAUUUUGAAGCAAUACAAAAUAACAUAGCUCUAAAGUACAAGAAGAAAGGGAAGCCAGCAAGUAUGGUGAAAAAUAAGGAGCAAGUUCGGCAUUUCUACUACCGUACUUGGCACAAGAUCUCCAAAUACAUUGACUUCAAUAAUGUGUUCUCCCGAGGACUGAAGAAAUCAUCCCAGGAGCUCUAUGGGCUAAUAUGUUAUGGAGAAUUACGCAAAAAAAUCGGCGGAUGCAUGGAUGAUAAAAAUGCAGCUAAACUCAAUGAAUUAAUUCAAGCUGGUGCCACCACUGUGCGAUACAAAGGUCGCAAUUUACGUAUAAAGACGCCAACGUGCCGGGCUUUGAAAAAAAUCUGUGAUCCUGAGGGAAUUAGUGAUGAAGAAGACCAGAAACCUGUUCGACUUCCUCUGAAAGUGCUACUUGAGCUUCUGCCGCGCAGCAACUACACUUGGGCAAGAGUUCAGAGUUUGGCACAGAAUCCUCGACUAAGGAUGAUGGUGGAGCUGCACCGCAAAGUUUCUAGUCUCAUUGAAUUCCUGAAACAUAAAUGGGCUUUACAAGAAUUCAGAAUCCGCAAGUCAUUAGAAGAACGCCAACAGGACUCUGGAGAUAAUGAAUCGAGGGGUGUGGGAUUUGAUGAAAAGACAGAACUCCAUCUCUAUCCUGCAGAGAACUGUACAUUAACUGCAUUACCUGGAGUGGCAAAGGUGGUUCAUUCAAAGGCUUGUUGCACAGUGCACUGGCAGGAAACUGGGAGGUGCAGACAGACUGUAAAAGACACUCAUUUGCACCCACCAGCACAGAUUCUAGCUAAAGCAUCUGUCACCAAGGAUGUGACUGUUCCUGUCAACCAAGGUGCACAGGGCCCAAUGAAAGGACCUGUUAAGCAAAUGCGGGCCACAACAGAGGGGCGAAAUGGUAGCAAAAUGACUGGGUUGUUGACUGGAGAAGGAACACAAAGCACUGAAGAUGAAAUGCCUUCUUCAGAAGGUAUUUCUGCUGAGGAGACUGCUGCUCAGCAAGACAGUCCAAAACCAGAGGAGUUUUUUGAUGUGGGACAGCAAGAGUUGGGAGAAAAUGGAGAAAGUCUAUUUCAUUCACCUAAGCCUAAUUCAGAAGUUUCUGCUGAAGAAUGCAAUGGUAAUGAAGCAACUAUUAUGGAGUCCUCAGAAGUAACUACCACUGCUGAGCUCUGUGUAUGUGGGGGGAUUAUGAGCACUGAUGAAAUAUCCCUCUUGGAUCCAGUUCCUCGUUACAUGAAAUCUUGUCAGAACUUAGUAGUUCCAGAGAGGUGUACAUGUAAGGACAAAUCCUCUGAAAAAGAUGUUACUGCUUCAGGCAUAAAUGGAUUUUCUGGUGAUCCUAGUGCUGUGCAUUUGGAAAAUGUAGAAAUGAUGGAACUGAACAAUGAGAAACCUGCUGUUUCAGGGCCACAGUUGGCCAGUGAUACCACUUUAAAGUCACCUAGUUCAGCUACAGUAGAUGAUGGUGAUAAUAGGACAAUACCUUCUAUUUGCACUCGUGAACAGCCAGUGUCAUGCACCCAAGAGGUGUCUGAGACUGACUGCCUGAUGAGGCAGUCAAUAAUUACUGAGCCCUCUCAGGGACAACCCAGUAGUGCCAGCAUUGUUCCAAAGCCACUGAAAGAGGAUAGUACCCACUUGGCCCAGCAGGUGCAGGAGGAUGGCUGGAGCCCAAGUACCUCUGAGAAUUUGACAUUGGCUGAAUUAUACCUCAUGCUGGGGAAACCCAGCAAACUGCAGCUCGAGUAUGACUGGGUGCAGACCUCGCGGAAUAAUGCAGAGGAAACUGAGAGGACUAGGGGUGCAAGUCAGAAGUUGCUGAAAUGCUUGCUGCAGAUUAUCACCACUGAAGUGAAUCCAAAACCUAGUCCAGAAUCUAGCUCUGUGGCGACAUCUCCAAUGAAGUCAAACCAAGAAGAUCAGAUGCACACUCCACCAGGGAAAGUGAUCACUCUUGCACGUAGUCCUGGCUGUGUCCGAAAUACUGCAGCAGUUCGAUCUAACAAAACAGUUACUCCUGCCGCUGCUUCAGGAAUGCGUAAUGUACAGAAGACAUUGGUGGUGCCAUGUUCAUCUGGUAGCUCAGGAAGUUCAAGCAGUGAUGCAGACAGUGGGGUUUUUGCUGUUCCUACAAUUCUGCCGCCCAACAGUAGGCAUAACAAGAUAUAUUCACCCAGCAAAGAGACUGACUUGACAUUCAGGCAGCGACUGGAUUCUUUCAGCAGGCCGCCAGACAUUUACCUACCCAAGCAAAGGAAGCUACGAAAUAAUCGCCCACGCAAACCGCUAGUAGUUCAGCGAACUCUGUUACCACGGCCAACUGGAAAUUCCUCUCAACACGUUUGUUCUUUUUCCAUCUUGUCCAAUUCUGCCACAGGUACAGGUUCCUUCCGUCCUCUUCAGUCGUCACUUUCCAAAGCAUCUUUAGCUCGUCCUAUUGUUCCAAAAGCCAUUCCAGCAUCUACUAGCCAGCUCUCUAGUGCAAUCGAUAUGGCAGCUAAAUCAGCUGGCAUAAUUCCAGGCAGCCCGAUCCAGACACUUGAUGCAGAAGGAUCGCAAGAUUUGACACCUUUGUCAACAGAAGGGAUUUCCAUAGUAACCUCAAACCAGGAGUUAUCCUCAGUCCAUCAAAAUGGAAGCAACACAGCAGCAACUGUGACAACAAGGGAGCUUGAAAAACAUACACUUCAGAAUGGCCUGCCUUCACCAUCAAGUGAAGCUUCCAACACAUUGUUCACUUCUCCUCCAAAUGUCUCUGCACUCCUGGAUAUAUCAUUACCAGGACCGCCUGAUGACACGUUGUCCCAGGGUGGACCCCACAGCCAAAUCAGCGACUCUAUCAUUGAGCUUGCUAUUAACUCUACUCAGUAUGUUGGUGGUGAUGGUGCUUCUCUCUCUCCAACAAAGCUGAAUGGUAGUGACAGCUCAAAAAGUCUCCCAUCUCCGUCAGCCAGUCCUCAACGAAACUGGAUUCCCUCACCAACACAUGAUCCACAGUGGUUUCCAAAUGAUUCUGGUGAUUCUUCAUUGGGUAGUCUAUUAUCAAGUUUAAUAUCACCUGAAAAGGGACGGAAGAUGCUAACAACUGGCAACUGCAAUAGCAACAGCAGCUCUCUGCUUGGAACAAGCCUCUUAGAUGGGAACUCUAGGGAUUCUUUUGUGUCCCGCUCAUUAGUAGAUGUCUCUGAGGUCGACUCUCAGCUGGUGUGUAUGAUGAAUGAAAGCAGUGUGGAUUACAUUGCCCGCUUUAACGACCUCGCCCAAGAGCUCUCAGGGGCUGAGACUUCAAGGAAAGAGAUGCUUUUUGACAGCGGCCCUCCGAUUGGUGAUCUCUCACAGUAAGGUCAUGAACCGAACAAAAGGGUGCGUCUAAAGCCGCCCCCACAACCCCCCAGUUUCUCAGCACCUUGCCAAUUAAGCUGCCCAUAACGGGCAUUGACUACUGGAGGAUCCAUUUGUAAAUGACACUGAGUUUUGAAAAAUGUGCAAUAAGUUUGACAGUACUUCCCGUGAAUCAGUAUUAGGUUUAUGAUGACAUUAAGCUGGCAGUCAAUGACUUUGCGUGAAGCUAAUAAACAGAAGAGCCCAAAAGGAUCCUGCGAUGGGACUGAACACUAGAGUGAAAUUCUCUUUCAACGUCUGAAACUGAAAUGCAGUUAGAGCACGUGCUUGGAUUAGGCACGCAAACAAAACCGUUUCUGAGAACUAAAGGUUUCAUUGUAGAUCUGAUAAUGUUCUUAUGGUUUGUACCAGAUUAUUUCUGGAUUGACUGAGAAUGUUCUGAGAGAGUUAUACAAACCUUCUGCUUAUGUAUAACACACCCAUUAAUGCUUUCCAUUAAAAGAAAAACAGUAGUAAUCAUAGUGGGGGUGUCAAAAAAAAAGGAAAAGUGACUGUGUAUUCUACCUGAAUGAAUGUUGAAAUACAUGGCUCACAUGCUUAUAAUGAUUAUUCUGUCAUUGAGACUGAUUAUGGUAAAGGGAGAUUAUUAAAAAGAUAAAGGUAGCUUGUACUCAUUGCAUUUAUGCCAUUAAAUGUCUGUCUAAUGUACAGAUGAGUACUUUUGAGAAUUCCAUUUGAGCUGCAUGGUGCUUUUGGUAGACAUGUUCAGAGAGUGUACAGAAUGUACUGGAGAACUUGACAGUCACAAUCAAGUCCCUGAUGGUCACUUUAAGAAUCAAAUCCAUUGCUUAGUCCGCACAUGUGGUUUGGUAGGUGCUAGUUUAUAUGUAGUGGGCUUGUAUGUUCAUUGCAAUUUUGAUUAUCCUGACGCGAGCCUCCUAUUCCCAACUUUGUUCCCACAUACCAGAUUUCUUGUUCACACUGGCCCUUUUCAUUGUUCUCAUUUACAGUUCUAUUGUUAUGGCACUGGUGGAUCUCCUUUUUCCCACCAGGGAGCCCCUUCUUUUCUGUUUGCUUUGAGCUGCUGUAUCAGCUCAAAUGGGCCAUCCAUUAUGCACUAGACUAUGGUUCAGAUGCCAUUUUGAUAUUCUCUGUAAAUGCUUAGAUGAUUUACAUUUUACAACAUGGGAAGCAAGUAGUUUGGCCUGUCUAGGCCCAUUACUGGACCUUGAUACCUUGUCCUCUUUCCUUAUUGUCUGUCAGAAACAAAACUGAAGUUUGAUGCUGAGGCUGUUUAAUAUGGUUGAUCCAUCCAAAAUCAAGUUUCUGUAUGCCCCUUCCCAAUUUUGUUUCUGUGCUUUCGAUUUUAAAUAUCACUUUUUUUUCUCCGGCUUCACCCACCAUCGUCGUUGUUGGCUUUCCCUCUCACUCAACCUUGUUGCUGACUUCUUCUGAGGGUUGCUAGCCUCUGCCAUGGGUGUUCAUAUGACUGAAGGUGAAUUCUCAGCCCACAUGAGGCAGCAUUCGUCACUUUUCUCUUCUAAUAAUGUAUAGAUAUCUAAUUACAUGUAAAAUAUAAAGAUUUUUCAUCCUAAACGGCAGUUGCAUAUUUUCCCUUUAAGGUUAAUGUAUGGGAUUGCCAUGCCCUUGGGAUCCAUUGGGCCACAGUUAAACUUUGCAGUUGCACUGUUGACUUUUUAAUAUUAUUAUGAAAGCUCUUGUUGGCUCUGUAAGAACUUUGAGAGGUGCAGCUUUGUAUCCAAACAGAAUUGCGGUCAGUGACCUAAGUGUAAGAGUGCAAUUAGUGUAACUCUGGUCUGCUGGCCGAGCCUCACAAUUCACAGAUUAAGUUUUUAGAAGAAUUUUAUGCCUUUUUUUUCAAAAAACAUCUCAAAUUCUACAGAUUGUGCACUACCACUAGCCCCUAGUGAUAUGUGGCCUAGAUGAUAACGUUGUUAGUGUUAAUGUGUCGUACAAGGUGACUUGCAUUUCAUUUCCUAACCCAAACUAUGGUUAACCAAUUAGAUCAAUAUAUAGCACUGUCCCUAAGUAAGUUUUACUGUCCAACAGCAUCCAAUUGUUGCUCGUUGGCUGAGGACCAAGCUAUUGCAUCUAUAGGCACGCAGGAACAAGGAAAGUAAUUAAGCUGAAUUGUACAACAGUGGACCAUUUUAUUAGGACCACCAGUGUAUGUUACAGUGCAUUAGUUGCGUUGCAGGUUUAUUCAAAAUGUGCUACAUGUCAGAAAUAGUGAUUUACAAAAUUUAGGCAAAGGUAUAUCCAAAUAUGCAGAUGCGUUUGUUGCUUGUGAUACUGGCAGCUCACAAUUUGUAAUACUCUUGAAUUUUUUUUUAAAGCAAUAAAUCUCUUCUGAGAACCUGUAGUUAAUCUGCAUCUUGCACCCACAGUUUUGUAUUUUCUAAUCUAGUUCAUAGCAAAAUAAAUAUGCAAAUAAACAAGAUCUUGGCAUCUUGCAACGUUUUAUCCCAUCAAUUUGGUUUCUUCAAAUUUCCACUGCUUUGAUUUCAAAUAAUCAUACGUUGUUGAUUUAGGAUGACGUUCUGUAUUGGAGAAGUUAUAAUUUGUACAUUGGUUGAGUAAUAAAGAAGGUAUCUACUUUUGUAGUUUUAGCUUGGUUCGGCUGGAGUGAGCAGAAGACAAUAGUGUGUACUCAGUGCACUUUUCCUGCUGGGAAGCAGUGACCUUUUGGUAGUUUUCUUUGUCUUUUCUUUAUCUUUCUGACAUAAUUGCAGAAGCAGUUUCAUAAACGACUAGUCAAUACAUGAAAGUUCUUUCCCCCUUUUGUUAUCGAUAUUCCAUCUCUCUUUUACCAUUUAUGUUUGACUCAAUUAAUGGCCUGGACGGUUGUGGCUGUGAUUAAAGUUUUCUGUCCCCUGAACCGGGCCCAGUAGUAGGGAACUGGGUGUGUUAUAAUGUAUACUUGGUUUGUACAAUUCUUAAGUCUAUUCUCUGUAUCAGUUAAAAAUGAAGAACUUGCUGAAAAUGUUUUGGGGGUAGAACAAAAAUUAAUUAUCCAAACAAGCCCAAACUCAGACUCUACUUGUUCCUCCUGGCUUGAACCUCCCAUUAGGAACGUUUGAAUGCAAAGUGAAAUGUUAGUCAGAAUUCAAAGCUUCAGUACUUGUUGGUUUUACAUUUAUUGUUACAUCAGUGGUUUUCCAAGUGUAACCUUUCAUCUUCUUUCUGCUACUAUGUGUAGAGCUACAGAUUUUAUAAUCUCCAUUUUCCAUGGAUUCCCUUUGAUUAAAUGGUGGCUCCUUUCCAAGAUUAAGAAAGUAAAGCUACAUGUUUUUUCACUGUGCUUUAAUAAGGGGAGAAAUCUUUUUGUUUUCUCAGUCAAAUCAAUGCUCUGAUUGAGAAAUCCUUAUACAAUGCAUAGUCGGAGUCCCCUGAAAGUUGUCCAAUUUGAUAUCUUCACAUUUUAGAAGUCAUCGAUGAUAUUGUGCUCAGUGCAAAUGUCAGUUGUUAAUGAUAACCUACUUCCUCUACAAUCUCCAUCUUGACUUGCCACCUACCAAAUCAUCCUGGCCAUUUGAAAUAAGUGAAUAUAUCUUUAUUGCUAUUAGACCCUAGUGUUGCACAACCACAUGGUGCCUUUACAUAAUCCUGUCACUGACUGGUAAAUGGCUGCUCUUUGAAGGUAUGAAUAGGUUGUUCCAAAUUGAAACCAAACUUGACAUGCAGACCAAGACCAAGACCAAGUUCAGCUGUCAAAAGACCAUGUGAUUAGAAUUCAGUUAGGCACCAGCAUGGUCAUAUAGAUCAGAAUAAUUUUUAAUUUGGUAUGAGUGAAUUAUAGCUAAAAUCCUACCAGCAUGGUGGCUGUCUUUUUGAAGAGCAUCAAUUUGUUUGUUGUCCAAAAGAAGGAAUACAUUGUUAUAGCAUUCAUUCCAUUUCAUUCCAUAACAUAAUUCUGUCAACUCUGAAAAUAUUGUUCUUUGGUUCAGAGGUUUGUUUAACUGCGUUGGUCAUGGGCAUAUACAGCUUUAUGCAUCUGACAACAGAUGCAUAUAACUCAACCCUCUUGAAUCAAACUUGACUUAAUCCUUGCAGUAAUUGUGCAAAACACAAGUCACAAUAUUACAGUAGGCAGAUUAACACCCUUCACUGAGAGGGUUAUCUCAUUUCUAAUCAGAUUGUUAAGAGCGUUAGAACUUUUAUUGAACAUUUAGCCACCAAAAUUGGGGACCUGAAAAUGCCAGACGGCCUUUUUAUUUUUGAGCCAAUUAGUUGUUACUGUUUUUGGUUUACAGUUCCCUCGGUUUUGAUUAGUUUGUAUUUGUGGGAUCAUGUGAAAUCUGGGUAGUAUGUUUCUAAUGGAAUUUAAUCUGCAGCAAAACAUUUUCUUUUGCACAAACAAUGUUUUCAUUUUACAAGUAGUUUUAAUUUGUUAACCACCUUUCAGCAGUUUUAGUUUUAAACUUGCACUGAAAGAUGUAUUUUUCAAAUAUGAAUUUAAAUUAGUAUGAUUCAUGUAGUUUUAACAAAUUAGCGGUUUUUCUAAUUCUUCCUCUAAUGAUUCCAUAGUCCCUUAACUGACCCCGUCAGAGAGAUUGGAUGUUUGCCUGUGUUACUAAUGUUCUUUUAGGCAUUUAAUUUACCUAAUAUCAAGAGGCAAAAGCAUUUCUUACAACCAAAAUCACAUUGGCAACUCAUCACAAUAUUGUGGCAAUCUUUCUGUUCUGAAAAUACUGUUAAAUUUCCAUGUUGUUCUGGGCUGUGUUGAGUGAAUAAUUGAUGCUGUUGCUCAACAAUUCAAAAAUGCACCCAAUUGCAGUUGAAUUAUUUGCAGUGUACACCUAGCAGUAUUACUUUGUAUUCCUAGGAACAGACGUAGGCCAUUCAGUUGUUGAGCAUUUACACCUAGGUGCAGCUAUCACCCUGCUGUCCAGUGUGAUUGACCAAUCCUAAACCUAUGCCUCUGGAAGAUUCUGCAUUGUGACUGAAGCUUUGAAUCUUGACAUCUUUUUUGUUUCAGAUCAUUUUGAAAGUGUUUGGUGAGUGUUACGUGUUAGAGAGAGAAUUCCCCAUCAGAGCUUUUUCAAAAAGAAAACACGAAUUAAAAAUGGUCUUUUAUCCUUAACAUACUUGUAAAUUUUUGUUGGGAUAUUUAUUUUUAAACAUUGGAUGCUGAGACCUGAUUCAAGAAAACUGACUUGAAUCGCCGAAUAUGGCAAUGAAAGGUGAUUUAAUAUUAGCAGUCUGUCAUGUUCAAGAUAUGAAUAUUCACUGUCCUUGCAUUAUUGGGCUUUAAAUCCAACCCAAUCUACAGCAAUCCUCUGCACUUAUAGAUGGCUAAACUAUGUCAAUAGCAUCCACUGUUUAAACAUAUCAUAAAAUAAAAUCAGUAGAAAUACGGCAAAAACACUGAUUCUAAUUCUGUAAUGGUUUUAACAAAGCUGCUGGUGGGGAGAGACUAUGAAGUUGUGAUUGAUGCACUACAAUAGAAGGUUUUUCUUUGGCUUUGGAGCAGGUUCUGAAUGGCUUUUAUGAUGUAAAUGUUGUACAGAAGCAGAAAAAGAUUGUUCAUAGCAUUGUUUCAAUAAAAAAAAGCCAUAUCAGUUGUAAAGGUUUUCGUCCCCUUUUGAGAUGUGAAAACUUUUAAACAAAACAAUUCAUAAACUGCCCUUCCCUAAUCUUUGUACCAAAUGUGUAAAUUAUUUUUGACUAUUUAUUCUGUAUGAUUUUAAGAGUUUUUUUGUGGUUAUUUAAUAUGCAAAGAAGCUGUUAAACUUCCUUGUUGGGUUCUUUGUUUAACCUGUAGAGCUGUUUUUUUAUUCUUGCUGAUAAACACAUUUUAAAUACAGCAAAA